UGAGAAUAUCGUUUCUCCUUCUUAGCUUCUUCUUUUCCAAAUCGGACUCGUACUGUGUUUCUACCGUUUCUGUGGGAACCGUCUGAAAUACGAAACCCUAAUUUUCUUAUUAGGGUUUCCUCCAAUGGCUGCAAUAGCUUAAUCAAAAUCGAGAUCAAGUAUUUUUUUUAUUCAUGCAAAUAUUUUCGGUUCUGUUGAUCUGGAUGUAAAAUCCAUUCCAUCAUCGGCGAAUCCGGAAGCAAGAACUCUGAAAAUUGUUGAAUUUUGGAUCUGAAUAGUGUUAUUAAUGGCGGAUCAGCAAGAGGAAGAGGACUUGAGAAUGGCUUUGCGGAUGAGCAUGCAGAAUGCGCAGCCAGAGCCGAAGCGGAGCAGGCCUCGGGAAGUGACUGGCUCAGGAGUUCCGGUGAUGACACCGGAGGAGAGCAAGCGGCAGCAGCGUGAGCUAAUGGCGGCAGCAGCUGAGAAGCGGAUGCAGGCAGCAGCAGCUGAGAGAAGUAUGCAGCCGACUAAAUCUGCCCCCGCUCCCGCUUCCGCUUCUUCUCCAUCCAAAAUUGUAAAAAGCGGAGAUUGUUUGAGGAAAGAGAAGGAAAUCAGAGCGAGUCAAGGGGAUUCACGAAAGGAAUUAACAAAGGGGGAAGCUCAGCAGUUAUUUUCAAUGGUGUUUGGGAGUGGUGUUUCUAAGGAUAUACUUGCUCAGUGGAGUAAUCAGGGUAUCAGGUUUAGCCCUGAUCCGGAAACGUCUAUGGGUCUAGUGCAGCAUGAAGGCGGGCCCUGUGGUGUCUUAGCAACCAUACAAGCAUCUGUUCUCAAACAUCUGCUUUUCUUUCCGGAUGAAUUAGGUAACACUGCACUGAACAUUCCUGAGAAUUUAGGUUUUGGGAGAUUUUCUCAAAAUCGAUCUGUUGCAUCAGAUAAUUUUGCUGCUCUUGGUGAAGAUGCAAAAAUAAGAGCUUUAGUUAAAAGCAUGGGUGAGAUAUUAUUUUUAUGUGGAAAUAAUAAAAGAGCUGCAAUUGCUACUUUGAGUGCUAUUGGCCAUGACAUUGAGGGAUCUAAAGGCUCUCCCGAGGAUGUGGUUAUUGCCCAAGCUCUUGAAGGUCUUUCAAUUGAAUCAGCUGCUGAUUUGCAGAAGGUUCUAAGAGUUGACAUAUACACAACAACAGAAAAUGCCUUGAAGAGGCUGGAAAAAAUGAUUCCUGUGUUCCAAAGUCGUAUGGGGGCGCUGCUCUUCCUUCUUUCUGCAUUACUUUCUCGUGGACUGGACUGUGUUGAAGCUGACAGGGAUGAUCCCAGCUUACCGCUAGUCACUGCCCCAUUUGGUCAUGCUUCUCAAGAGAUUGUGAACCUAUUGCUCUCCGGGCAAGCUGUACCAAAUGUAUUUGAUGGGAGAAUGGACUUUGGUGGUGGCAUGUUUUUGAAGGGCAUAUCUACAAGUGUGGAUGUCGGAUUCCUCACUCUUCUAGAAUCUCUUAAUUUCUGCAAGGUUGGCCAGCAUCUGAAAUGCCCAAGAUGGCCAAUAUGGGUUGUUGGUAGUGAGUCUCAUUAUACAGUUCUAUUUGCUCUCGAUACAGCUGUUCAAGAUGAAAAUGAACUGGAAGAAAGGGAAUCACAGAUCCGUAAAGCUUUCGAUGCACAAGAUCAGAGUGGAGGUGGUGGUUUUAUUGGUGUGGAAGGUUUCCAUCAAGUUCUCAGGGAGACAAAUAUCAGACUUCCACCUGAGAAACUUGAUAGCCUUUGCAGCUCAGGCUUUAUUGUAUGGAGUGAGUUCUGGCAGGUGAUUUUGGAUUUAGACAAGGGCUUGGGAGGCCUAAAGGAUUCGACUGGACUGAUGGGUAGAAAAGUAUUUGACCUUUACCAUUUUAAUGGGAUUGCAAAAUCAGAUUUGAAUGGCAGCCAAGCAACAUCUCCAGGGGAGACUCCAGUGCAAAGACCUAGGCUCACAAAAUUGAGGGUUUCAGUACCUCCAAGGUGGACCCCCGAGGAAUUCAUGGCAGAUGUAACAGUAUCCUCUGGUUCUGUGGGGGGUGAAUCAAGUGGCAAAGACACUGAAGUUACUAAACCUGAACCAGCUCAGCAGGCGCCUCUGGUGGACUGCAUUAGAACACGAUGGCCUCGUGCUGUGUGUAAUUGGGUUGGUGAUCCUCCUAGCAUAGUCUGAAUGUAUAUUAAUCCUUCAUGUUGGAAGCAAAAUGCAUGGAAUUUUUAAGACUCACAGAAAUGAAGUCACAGUUGGGUGUCUCUGGCUGGUUUGCUAACACCUUGGAGCCCAUGAGAGGAGCAGAUUUUCCCGGUAUUGUUGGUUUCAAGCUUGCGCGUCACCAUUUUCUGCUGUGUAUUUGCUAUAGUGUUGACAAUCUAAUUCAAUUUUCAUAUGCCAAAUACUGAGGGGAGAUAUUUCUGUCGAGAAAACGUGUAAAAUUUAUUCAUAUUUAUUUGCCUUAGUUGAUGAGUGAAGUUUCUUUCUAGGUAAAAUUCAAUAAUAAACAAACAUCUAUAUAUUCU